UUGGUUAGUACAGUUAGAGAAGAAACUACACGCUCUAAAAGCUCACCCUAACUUCCGCCUCUUCCUCACUCUGGAGGUUACUCCUAAAAUACCUGUUAACCUGCUCAGGGCAGGGAGGAUCCUUACAUUCGAGCCUCCAGAUGGUGAGUGCAAAUAUGUGCGUACAUUCACGUAUCUUCCGCUAACCGUGUCAACAAGUCCCCUAACGAAAGGGCCCGGAUGUACUUCUUGUUGGCUUGGUUCCACGCCAUCAUCCAGGAGAGACUCAGGACACACCGCUUGGCUGGUCCAAGAAGUACGAAUUCAACGAGUCUGAUCUAAAGUGUGCUUGUGAUACCAUUGACCGCUAGAUCGACGACACUGCUGAAGGUAGAGACAACUUACCACCCAACAAGAUUCCCUGGGAUGCUCUAGGUACUCUCAUGUCACAGAGUAUUUAUGGGGGCCGCAUCGACAACAACUUUGACCAGCUUCUCAUGAACGACUUUGUCAAGCGUAUUUUCCAGCCUGCCACAUUCGAAUCUGACUUCCUUCUAGUAGAUAAGGUGGACGAGUCUGGGAAUAAACUUGUUAUACCUGACGGUUUGAGAAGAGAAGAUUUCCUCCGUUGGAUGCACAAGUUACCGGACACACAGACCCCUGCCUGGUUGGGACUGCCCAAUAACGCUGACCAGGUCAUCCUCCAGACCAAGGCUAACUCCUUCGUGCAGAAGUUGCUGAAGAUGCAGGCUGUGACGGACGAUGAAGGACCUUGCUUAUCAAAUUUUGAUUUCAGUGUGGAGAGUCAGAGGAACAACAAGAGUGUAUAGGAGCGUCCCGCUAGUACCGGCCUGAUGAAGCACCUUGCGGAAGUGUCAAGGACUGGCUGGCUAUCAUACCCAAGGAGGAGCUUGCUACGCUAAAACGAACAGUCGAGAACAUCAAGGAUCCACUUUAUCGGUUCUUUGAACGGGAGUGCACUAUUGGACGUAACCUCCUCAAAACUGUUCUUACUGAUCUCAACGAUAUCUCUCAGGUAUGUGAUCUGAAAAAGAAGCAAACAAACUACAUACGUGGACUCCUCUCAGACCUACAGAAGGGAAUAGUCCCUAAAUCGUGGCUUAGAUACAACGUACCAGGGGUAACCAUUAACCCCUGGAUCAUUGACUUCUCCGAGAGGAUCAGACAGCUACAAACGAUUGUAGAGGCAGCACAGAAGGGCCAGACUGCCCUGAAGGAGAUGUCCGUUUGGCUGGGCGGCCUAUUCUCGCAAGAAGCCUACUUCACUGCUACAAGACAGUCUGUGGCUCAGUGUAAGGGAUAUUCUCUUGAGGAACUCAAACUACAGGUCUCCGUUCACAACGCUCCAGUUGAGCUGGACAACAGCAGCUUUGGAAUAUCCGGUCUGAAGCUGAUGGGGGCGAUGCACAGUGACGGGAAGCUAACCAUUACUGAGGACAUCAUGACGGAUCUGGUGUACACUAAGAUUAGCUGGGUCAGGGACCAGGAUAUUCAGAUAUCCGGCAAACAGAUCACCCUGCCUGUGUAUCUCAACAACACUCGCACCACUCUCGUUGAAACCCUCAACUUUAGAACUGACCAAGACAAGUUCUACGAAAGGGGCGUCGCUAUUUUGUGUACCGGGCUUUCUUAAACUGCACGUGCCGAACUUGUAGAUUGCACGUGCUGUACUCACUUGCACGUGCAAGUUAGCGUAGCACGUGCGAUUUUUCAUGAGUAAAAGUGCAAGCUUCGAACUUGACAAGACUUGCUCUGUCAUUUGUAUUUCUGUAAACUUUCAACUGUAUUUCUUCUGUAAUACCCGAUAUUAUUUGUAGGGCAGCUAGACUUGCCAAAUAUGUGUUUUAGGUAUGCCAAAUAUGUGUUUUAAAUUUAUGUUGUUUUUUUUCUUUAUCUUUCAAUAUUAUUGAUAAGUUUAAAAUGGUUUAUUAAAACUACUGUAUCUUUAGUAGUACUAGUAGCAUGAUAUAUUGUAUUAUCUAAGUUCUGGGUGUAUCAUUAGAUGCACUUCGUCAGUAGUAAAGUAGUAAUAACGAAAGGUAUUGGAUGCUUAGGGUUUUACUUUUCAAACUUAAUAUGGAAUUGAUUUAUAAAACUAAAAGAAUCUUAGUCAGUUGUUAGUUGCCUCAAUUAAACGUCAAUUUUCAAUUUGAAAAUUUUAGUAGUGAUAUGUGAUGAAGCUUAUAAUUGUUCAUGAUUAUUGUUAGUGUUUUUCUGACUUUUUCUUCUAA